AGUAUAACUUUUGUAGGGAGAGAAAGUGCAGUGCGGUGUCUCUAAGUUUUGUUGUUUUUUUCCAUCAAAUAAAGCGACCCGUGGACGCUUUCGAGCUCUGAUGCGUGUAAGCUGCUGACAAUAAAAAUGGCGAGAUCACGCUGCUGUAAAUGGCGAAAUUUCUCGUUGUUAGCUCAAUUUUUAUCUUCAAUUUCAGUUUCAUCGCUAUAUAAACCCUAGCCGGAGGUGAAUUCGUUCCCGUAUCUCUCCUUUCGGAACGAAUGAUAUAAUAUAUAUUCACCGAAAAAGUUCCCUUAAUUUGCAUUUUUAAGGAAAAAUGGCGGUGGAGGUGGCGAAGGUGAUGUAUUUAAAGGUGGUGGACGAUGACGCGGAGGUGAAGAAGAAAACGGAGGACGGUAAACGUUCUUCGUAUCGGUAUACGCGGUCGAUUUUGCAGAGCACUCUGCAACUCAUGGGAUGCAAGUCUAGACAUGCUUUCAAGAUUAGUCAACGUGCUUUUGAGAUGAUUAGAGGUGGGUGUUUUGGUGAGAAUUUAGGUACAUGUGUUACAGAGAUUUCAGGAUUGGGUGAUUCAAAGGUACACUCUCAGAAGGAGUUUGAUAUCUACAGUGGGAUUUUGGAUAAUGCAAGUGGAGUUACCCAUACUGUUCUAAAGGAUGAUGAUAAUAAUGGCCAACCAUUUGAAUUGUACAAAAAGCGCACAACCAUAGUUAUUAAAAGAAAGAUUUUUCUAGAUGUUGUCUGCGAUGCUCUUGCAGAGUACAAAUAUGUGGGUCUAAAUCAGAGGGCUGAUCUGGCAUUAGCUUGCAGAAUCCGAGAAAAAAAGGAAUCUGUUACAGUGUUAUUGUGUGGCACUAGUGGAUGUGGCAAAUCUACUUUGUCUGCUUUACUGGCUAGCAGGUUGGGAAUCACAACAGUAAUUUCUACUGACUCUAUUAGGCAUAUGAUGAGGAGUUUCGUAAGUGAACAGGAAAACCCUCUGCUUUGGGCUUCUACUUACCAUGCUGGCGAACACUUAGAUCGAGAAGCUAUUGCUGAAGCAACAGCUAAGAAGAAAGCGAAAAACUCAGCUGGUAUUUUAACCCCUCCAUUAUCAAAGGAUGAUGCAGUUGAUGGGCCUGCUGUAAAAAAAUCAACACUUGAGGGGAAUUCUGGCAUGGUUGACUUUAUCAGUCCAAAGCAGAUGGCAAUUCAAGGAUUCAAGGCCCAAAGUGAGAUGGUCAUUGAUAGCCUAGAUCGCCUUAUCACUACAUGGGAAGAGAGGAAAGAAUCUGUAGUGGUUGAGGGUGUUCACUUAAGCCUUAAUUUUGUGAUGGGGCUUAUGAAGAAACAUCCUUCAAUCAUACCUUUCAUGAUUUACAUUUCAAAUGAGGAGAAGCACCUGGAACGAUUUGCAGUCCGGGCAAAGUACAUGACACUGGAUCCUGCAAAGAACAAGUAUGUUAAGUAUAUCCGGAAUAUCAGAACAAUCCAAGAGUAUCUGUGCAACCGAGCAGACAAGCAUUUGGUGCCUAAGAUAAAUAAUACCAAUGUUGACAAAAGUGUUGCAGCCAUUCAUGCAACGGUUUUCAGUUGUCUAAGAAGGCGUGAGGCAGGAGAGCAGCUUUAUGAUCCAGUUACAAAUACAGUUGCUAUUGUUGCUGAGGAGUACAAAAAUCAGUGUGCUGCCAAUUCCUUGAGUUCUAAAGGAAUGUUUCAAUUGAUUCAGCGCAAAGGUUCUUCUAGGCAUCUGAUGGCUCUCCUCAAUAAUGAUGGAUCCGUGGCAAAGGCUUGGCCGGUUAACUUAAGAGAUGAGAAUGGAAAGCCCGUGCUGGCUAUGUAUGGGCCUUUGCAGAUUGGCAGGGCUGAACCAGUUAAUCUGCAGUUUGGCCACUUCGGCAUCAGUGCAUGGCAUAGUGAUACUGGUGCCACUAGUCGUGCCAGCAGUGUGGAUGAGUCUAGGGGUGAACUGACUGACACUGGUAGCAGAUAUCAUUCUUCCUGCUGCAGCUCACCGAGGUUCUCUGAGGGACCUGCAAAGGAGCUUAAGGAGGAAGAAUCCGUGCAUGGUAGUGAUGAAGAAGUUGAUGAGUCACCUGAAGCAGGAAGCGAUGAGGAUCUCAGUGAUGGCGAGAAAGUGAAUCAUGAAGAGAUGGAAGGCUCUGUAGAUGAGGGGUCAACCAAGACAGACGAGGAGUAUGAUGACCUUGCCAUGCAAGAUAUCCAGCAGACUGGUUAUUUGUCUGAUGAUGAUGAUGAAACGCUCUUUAAAAAGCAAGGGUCGAAAACGAAUGUGAUGGAUAAUUCAGGAAAUCAACCAACCAAAGGAGCUAACAACAAUCUGCUUGAAGAGAAAUACAAACAAAAUCUCUCUCUUUUCUUGAGAGAUGAGGGUGAACGUCCGUUGGAGCCACCUGCACGAUCAUAUUCGUCUCUCUUCAGGGAAAAGAAUGAGAGGAAAGUGCCAGCUUCUGGUAAUGUAAAAAUAAGGAAACGGUCACUGAGUAUACCGGCUACCCUUUCAGGAUCACUACUGCGAUAAUGUUGUGGGUUUUUCCAAUUUUCCUGUUAAUGGAUCAAAAACUCGUUUUCUUGUAGUAGUAGUUUAGUCUUUUUGUUCUCUUCAACCUCUACGAGGUGACAAAUAGCCUCUAAUUUUUGUAUAGAGAUUUGCACAUAAACUCUUUGUUCGAGGGGAUGUAUCGAGUCUUGUUAUAUACCUGAGCUUCUUCGAUAUAUUUAUAUCAGAGAAAGCUUCUUUCA